AUGAAGCGUGUGCAAGAUGUCGAAGAUAUCUCACUUGACCUCAAGUGGGAGGGUUCCCCUUCUGGAACUAUGACCGAUGCUUGCAAGCGUCUUCGUGAAGAAAAGAAGUCCACAGGCCCAGAGAUGGCCUCAUAUGUUGCUUCGUCGGUGGGAGCGACCAUGCCCAUUCCGAUGCCGGUGUCGCCGGAGCAGGCCCAGUCUCCGUAUCCCCAAGGCAAUCUGCCGCCCGGUGUGACGUCGAUCAGCCAGUGGGGAUCCUCUUUAGUGGCCUUUGGCAAGUACAAGGGUGUGAAGACCUAUGAGGAAAUGCGUGAUCCCAACGAUCCUGAUCUCGCCAGCUAUCGAUCCUACUGCGUUAUCGAGCACCUCAAGGAGAGUGACUACCAGGUCAAGGGCGGGGACAAGGUGAUCUUCCACCUCCUUGACAAACGUUGGCCGGAAUUGGACCGGACAGAUGAGAUAGGAGAAACCAUAGCUGCUGUAUUCGCCCUGAAGGCGACAGAGGGCGAGAGUGUCCGCCAAUGGCGUGCUCGAAGCCGUGAAACCUUCGACCGCUGUGCUCGAAAGACUGGAGUAAAAUUCCCUGAAGAAGCUCGUGGAUGGAUACUCCUGAAUUGCAGUGGUCUUCAAGCUGAACAACGUGCGGUCGUACUGGCACGUGCUCAAGGGGACUUGAAGUUUGAUCAGGUCUCGCAAUCGAUGAGGUCUUGCUUCCCGGACUAUGUGGUGCCCAAGAAGCGAGCCGUUGAACAUGAAGUGCUAUUGGUGAGCAGUCCAGGUUUUGCAGUACUGGACAGCGGCUGCGGGAAAACAAUCAUCGGUCGCGACACGCUGAACUCCUUUAAGGACAUUUGGCAAAGACAUGGUAUUGCUCCCCGACCAGAAAAGGCGGAACGCAAUAGUUUCCGCUAUGGGAAUGGUGAACAAGAAAUGAGUGAAACUGUGGUGGACAUGCCCGUCUUCUUGGCCGGACGCCCCGGCUAUGUGACAGCUGCCGUAGUUAAAGGGAGAGCUCCCUUGUUGCUUUCUCGGCCUGCCCUGAAGAAGUUGCAGGCUCAAGUUGAUUUUUCAGGUGACACCCUGCAAGUCAAUGCAGCUGGACAGUAUGCCAUCAAGGUGUCCGAUUUCCCAAGUCAGGCUCAAACCAUGUUUCCGCCGCUGGCCCAUGACGAGCAG